CAUGAUUUCCAUGAAGACCGCAAGAGCUGUGACUCUAUCUUGCGAUUCAAUUUUGGUGCUGACAAUCGCAUUACUUUCUACCGAGUUUGUAUCCAUUGCACCUCACAAUGCCCAAGGAGCCAGGCGACACCGCGCCGGCUAGGGUGUGGCAAGCAUGUGUAGCUUGCCGUCGCAAGAAAGUGAAAUGCGAUGGCAAUAAUCCGUGCCAUAACUGCAGUUCUCGAGAGGCAACGUGUGAAUACCCAGGAAGCAACGACAACGCCUCGACCAGCCGAAACUAUGGAAUGAUGUUGGAGGCUCGAUGCCAGCAGUUAGACAUAUUUUGCCACAGACUCGAAGGCUUAGUUGCUCAACUUGUUGGGGUGAUUGAGUCACUGCCAACGGAUAAAAUCCCAUCGCCUCACGGAACGGCCGAUGAGGAGCUACAGCAAGCUGCUCAGGCCUUACAAUCACUGCCAGGACCUAGAGAUGUUGCACCCACAGUUUUAGAUGCGCACUUGGAAGUCGACACGCCGUCGGAAGUAGAAUGCAUUCUCUCGCCUGCAUUGGGUGCCGAUACUGAUGCCCCUGCUCCACUGAGCGUCGACGAAGAGAUCGAGGAUGAAUUGAGCGAAUCAAACGGACAGAAUACAUCAGAUGACCCUACUGUUGGGAGGUUUGGCUCGCUUGUUACUGAUUCAUAUGGCGCGUUGAGAUUCAUCGGAGGCGCUACCAACAACAUGCUGGUCGAAGCAGUCCAAAGCAUUACGCCAGGACAAUCCUUGGAAUCAGAGUCUCCUGUAUACGGCGGCAAUAAAAAGGACCCCCUAGCUUGGGGAGAUGCCAACCCCCCGUUCGAGAUCCCAUUCUUCGUCCAUGGACAGAAAUGGCGCGAGUUGCCGUAUUUACCAAAGCCCGAGCAACUGAGCCGCCCGCCUCAAUACGUGGCCGACGUUCUCGUUGGACUUUAUUUUGACCAGUUUCACUACACCUUUCCAGUUCUAUACAAACCUCACUUUAUGGCACAGUACAAGCGAAUGAACUCGACACGAACGGAGAAGGCACCCGAUAAAAGGUUCCUGUCCGUCUUUUUUGCAGUUUGUGCGUGCGCCUCAAGCUUGAUCCCUUCUGACGGGAAUCCUUCCCGAUUUUCUGGUUUGGAUUAUUACGAGAAAGCACUUCUUUUGCACUUCACGAUGAAUGGAGAGGCAAGCCUUGAACGAGUCCAAUGCCUAGCGCUUCUGUCGAUGUGCUGCGCUGGGUGGAACACGUUGUCAACGAGCUGGCAUUUUGCAGGACAGGCAGUGCGAGCGGCGCAGGAUCUUGGCAUGCACCUCAGCGGUCUCAUGCCAACGCGAGAUAAAUCUUCCACGCACUCGCCGCCGAACAUGCUGAAGCAGGAAAUAUCAAGACGUGUAUGGUGGAGCAUAUACUGCAUUGACAGGGUUAUUUCUAUUUGCCUCGGGCGACCUAUGGCGGCCCAUGACACAGACUGGCGCUGCGCAUUGCCUAUGGGUGUUGCUGAUGAUGAACUUGAAGGCGCGUGUGGGCGCCCAGAAAUCUUGACUCAUCGACAAGCUUCAACAUUGCCACUCUCGGGCUUUUUAGCGUUUGCUCGACUGUGCCACAUAUCAGGCAAAAUCCAGAGCCUUCAUUCGCCAUCUCGGAUGGCUGACCUUGGUACUCCAGAGGGGGCAAAGCGGCACAUGAAAUCGGUUGCGAAGCUAGACAAGUCUCUGAACGAGUGGUUGACGAGUUUGCCAGAUGAAAUCCGCUUCUCUGCGAACACCCUAGAACGUGGCCCAAACCUGACUAUGUGCGUCAUAUUGUUCAUAGUGCACGCUGGGUCACUCUUAAACUUAUACAGAACACUAGCCCGUGAUGUGGAUUCCUCGAUGAUAGACAUCGAUCCUCUGCCACAUUGUAUAAGUGCUGCUCGUAGUUGCAUCAACGCGGCAGAACUUGUACGUGAGUUGGUCCCGCCAUCUCACCACUUGGCAUUUUGUGUUCAUUAUUUGACUUUGUCAGGUCUAACUCUGCUGUUGAUGCAAGAAGAACCUUGCACAGAGAUCGAAGAGGAUAUUGAGAAAUGCAUCCGAUUCUUAAAAGAACUUGAAGCGACAUGGACUGGGGCAGCAAGGGGCAGAACAAUAAUUGAACAAUUACAGAAAUACCCCAGGAGGAACAUGCAGAACUCAGUGGAGCGUUGGCAGAUCUCUGACGCGUUUGCAAUGUUCCAGAUGCCAGACUUUGAACUGCCAGAUUUUGAACCUUCCGGGACGGAAUUCCUUGAUACUUGGGGUUCAUAGUCAAUAACUAACAUGAAUGUGUAUUACUCAACUACGAUUUCUAUCGCUUUUUCUAGCCAACCGUCGAGAACAUUAUACAGUUCCGGGAUUGGUUGAGGCAUCUCAGACCAGGUAUCAUAAAUCGGUUGAGUGUCUUAUCAACAUUUGGCUAAUGUGUGAAGGUACGGG